AUGUUCUUCCUCGAAGACUUUUGCAUGCCCUUCCGUGACAAGGCUGGGGAGACGCCAAGCGUUGAUCAGUUGCAGCAGGAUUUCAUUGAAGCCGAUGAACACAAUAGCCACGGUCACGUCAUGCACCAAGGUCUCUUCAGCGAUGAAUCAGGGAAGCAGCACGAGACGUUUGGGAGUGUUCCAAGAUUUGUUCCACUCAGGGCAGAAGAUAUGGUGGGAGGCAGCACGCAAGGAGGGGACAACUUCGACUACGGGACGAGCUAUGCGAGUUUUUAUGAGUCGUUUGAUGGGCAUGAGCAAGAAACAGAAGAAGCUGGAGACGUUCCGAAUCAACGCGGUUUGAUUUACCAACCCGAGGAAAGGCAUGCGAGUGGAGGCAUCCCAGACAUGGAGAGGGUGAAUCAGGCAUAUGACGAGGACAAGCUCUCGAUCUUCCAAUACGAUAUGGAGGAACCUCAAUGGACUUCGGUUGGAGCGUUAGGCCACUGGAUGAUAGCACAAACCAUUGAGGAUCACCAUCAAUCUUUGAGGAUCGACGGCGAUCCUCAAUACUGUCAUCCUCAAGACGGCGAUCCUCAAGCUUCGCAGGAGCAUCAGGAGGCAACUACGCUCGCACGGAACCCGGAGAUACCUCGCACCGCCUCCUCCCCCUCCGUCAAGGAGCCAUGGCCGCAGCUCCGAAAGUCUCUGCCGAAUUCCACCCCCAAAUCUCGCCCAUCGAGGAACGAGCUGGUCUCUUCGAGCUUGCUGGUUGCCUUCCAGACGUUGUUGUCUCGCCGUCAUGACAUGCAUCUCACAGCUGAGCUCGCCAGCCCGCGCGUUGAGACUCCGACGCCGAGGAAGUCGAGGACGAAGGUUUUCAGCAAGGUGUCCGAGGAGGAGAGGAGGGAGCCGUCGAGUGACGAGAGCGCGGGUAUGGGCCAGCAAGAGUCCAUCAAAGACAUCAUGCACAGAAUGAGUGCUGCCAUAGUUUCCGCCGACAUCAUCAUCCAGCAGGACACCCCGCGAGGAACCCGAAAAGUUGCAAGCGCAGUCCCGGAGGAAGACGCGCGAGAGCUCUACCGACAGAUGUCUCCCUCCCCAGCCCAGCGGAUCCAACGAGGAAGGAUGAUGCGAGCAGGCAACGGGACAAGGCUCCAGUCCUCCUCCCUCCUGGAUGACAUUCAAGAAUCCCAGUAUUCCGACUACCUCGCAUUCCGACCUGACGGGUGGGCUCCCCCGAAAACUCUUGUCGCACAAGAAGUCCCUUGCGCUCCAGUCCGUCAUGCUGUCGCUGUUGCCAACCCGAACUUGCAAGAGGAGGAGGUGGACGUGCUCCCGCUUGCCCCUCGCUCCUGA